AUGGACAACCAAGAUGAAACUUGUUCAUUUAUCGAAGCAUUGUACGCCAAAUACUGUGAUGACCGACCGGUGGAAGAGAUUGAACUGGUGCAGAAGGAACCAGGACACCGGCGCGUUACCGAGUACAUCGGUUUUGACAAGCUGAUGCAAAGUCUGAAGAAUGUGACCAAUUUGCAGCACAUUAAUCUGGCAAACGCUCGCAUUUCUUCCUGCGGAACCCUUGACACACUCGAGUUAUCUCACUGCAAAAUUAACUUUAUUUCAUUCUCCGAUGCAAGUGAUCUCGAAAGCAAAACUAAUUUGUUUCCUGCUCUGAGUUGGCUCGAUUUACAAAACAAUCAAAUUAAUGACUGGAAAUCGGUGGCCGAACUGAAUCGACUCAAGUCACUUCGAACAUUGAUAUUAAAGAGAAAUCCCAUUUAUGACAUGAACCAAUACUACUAUAAUUUUAAUCAUGUCAUCUCGAGAAUUGGCAAUGUAACAACGCUAGAUCGAGAACCUGUGACGGAGGCGCUUCGAAAAGACGGAGAAAAGUAUUACCUAAAGACUAUUUACCCUGAAUACCUAAAAAAGAGUGAUUCAAAGGAAAGAAAGUCGUUCCUAGAAGAGAAUCCACGUAUACAUCAACUGAUCGACAAACUUGGCGAACCGGUUGUGGCAGUUGUGCAAACGAAAAGGGACAAGAUAAAACAAAAUUUUAUAACUCUGAAAAUAGCAGACACUGAAAAUCCCGACGAAAACAAAAGACAAAUUCAAAAACAAGUCCCUGUUUCAACUAAAGUUUCAAACUUGAAAUUUAUUCUCCGACGAUUACUGAAAAUCGAUAUUGGUCAGGACUUUGAGUUAAUUAUUUCAGCAGAGAACUACGCUGAAGAAAUGCAAGAUCGGAAUGAUAUUACUACGUACCGAAUCGAAGAUGACCACCUGAUCAAAGUGAAGAGGUCUUAA